AUUGCCCAGAACUUUCCUUCUUUGAACCUACCAAUAUUCUUUCCCCAUCCUUCACUGUUAUCUCUCUCUACUUGAUUAUCCCAACAUCUCCUCCCUCCGUCCUUUUCUCUCUCUCUGAGUCCUGUGUUGGUUGUUGUGAGCACCAGCCAUGGCGCUGCUGAAGCUGCAGUUCCCCCUGCAGAGGCGUGUGCGUCUGGCCCAGGGUCUGUGGCUGCUGUCCUGGCUGGCCGUGCUGGCUGGGGCCUUCACCUUCUCCCUGGGAGUGUACCUCAAGACCGAGCUGCUCCGCAGGGCAGAGGUACUGGCUGACACUAUAACACACACACAGCACACACACCUGUUCACACACGACACACACACGUUUCGGGCACUCGGCAUACACACGGCACACACACAAAAAAAACUGUCUGUGUCUCUACUGCUCCUGUGGUCUAUCCUGGCUGGUUCCACUGUGUUGUGUUUUCAGUGUGUCUCUCAGCGUGGCGUCUGUCUCACGCCUUCACCUAUCAAAGCUUUAUUCACACCGGGCUGUCAUGAUGCAGUUGCCUUGAAUCUGGACAAGCUUUGUGUGUGUGUGUGUGUGUGUGUGUGUGUGGGGGGGGGGGUAUUGGUGUGUGGCUGUGUGUGUGGGGGGAGGGGCGUAUUGGUGUGUGGCUGUGUGGGGGGCGUAUUGGUGUGUGGCUGUGAGUGUGGAGGGGGCGUAUUGGUGUGUGGCUGUGUGUGGGGGGGGGGGGGGGGGGGGGGCGUACUGAAAAAGAACAAGAACGUCUACAUUCCUGAACUCAAUAACACCAAUACAACAGAAAAAACUGACAAAUUAUGUAGUUGAUUACACUUUACAUAGUGUCAUAGUACUGAAGUGGAUGUAGUGGCGCAAUAGAAGUAGUUAUGUAGGGUGCUGACUACCAUUACUCAUAUUGCUUUAUAUGAACAUACAUAAAUGGAAUCAUCAUCAUGGAAUGGUACAUGCCAGAACAUAUCCUCUGAUGCUUAGCUCUAUAAUGUAACAUAGAUAGAUUGUUUCGAUGUAGUUUAUUACGGCGUUAUAACUAGUAUACUGCCUUUGUUAUUAAUUUGUUAUAACUGGUAUAGUACAGUGACCCUAUAUUUGACCUUUGACCCUCCAGGUGAUGGACAACACAGAGAUCCACGUGGUGCCCAACAUUUUGAUGCUGGUGGGCUUGGUAACCAUCGGGAUCAACCUGUUUGCUGGGCGGGUGUGUCAGGACUCUCUGGACUCUGCCCGGUUCCCCCCCUGGAAGCCCUUCCUGCUGCCCUGGUAUGGCCUGGCGUGGAUGGUGUGUGUCUGGCUGCUGUCUGCUGUGGUGCUCAGCUACGCCCUGCAGGGAAACCUCGAGGAGUCCCUCAAGGUAAGGGCCUCUGGGAUGGGAUGAAGAAGGAUGAGACGGUGAAUGCAACUGAAUAACAUAAUGACAACACUCGGAGCCUAUCUCAAUUAGUUUUUCUGUGAUUCCUCGCAUCCUAUCUCCUCGCCUGCCCCACAUCCGUAUUGGAGGAGAAGGAGAAGGUCAAGGUCAAGGUCAAGGUCAAGGACCCCCCCUCUUCCUCCAAUUCAUUUUGAGAAGACGGCAAGGACAUAGGAAAUGAGGAAUCCAGGAAAGAUGAAUUGAGAACAAGCCUUGACUUCCUGGUCUCUUUUAUGACAUAAUCUCUGUCCAAUCCAAGGUGGGCCUGAGGAACGGUAUCCGGUUCUACCGGGACACGGAUGUCCCGGGCCGCUGCUUCCAGAAGGAGACCAUUGACAGACUACAAAUGGAACUGCAUUGCUGCGGCAACACCAACUACAGGGACUGGUUCGAGGUGCAGUGGAUCAGCAACAGAUACCUGGACUUCACCUCUAAAGAAGUCAAGGAGUGAGAGAGGGGGAUGGAGGAGGGAGAAGGGAGAAGGGGGGAUGGAGGAGGGAGGAGGGAGAGGGGGGGAUGGAGGGGGGAGGGACAAAGGUGGGUAUGAGGGGCAGUGGGGAUGGAGGGGGGAGUAGAGGGAGUGAGAGAGGGGGCUGGAUCGGGGUCGAGAGGGGUUGAUCGCUUUGGGGAGGGGGGGGAUGGGGGGUAGGAGGCUGGAUGGCAGGGGUGAGGGGGUGUCAUGUUGCGGGGCUUCAUUGUCGGGGAGGAGGGGGGUUCUUUUAUGGAGCAGCGGGGUUUCUUAUCUCUUUCGUGAGUGAUUUGGGGUGUUGUGGGACAAGGUGGGGGUGAAUGCGAAAGUGGAGAGAGAGGGCGUGGAGAGGAGAGGUGAAGUUAAGCCCACAAACCACAGUUGUCUGACUUGUCUGAGGUGAUGAUGACUCACAUGGGAUUUCCAUACACAAUGUAUCCAACUGCCAUCUCAUAAAUGUGUCAGUCUUCAUCAAAGCCAGUGUCAUUUAUUCAAGGUAAAAAUGUACAAUGGAAACACUCAAUCAAACUGUUACCCUAUUUCCUCUCUAGUCGUGUGCGUAGCAAUGUGGACGGUCGUUACCUGAUGGAUGGAGUCCCCUUCAGCUGCUGUAACCCCGGCUCCCCUCGGCCCUGCCUCCAGAACCACCUGACUGACAACGCUGCCCACUACAACUAUGAGCACCAGAGUGAGGAGCUGAACCUGUACAACCGCGGCUGCAGAGAGGCGCUGGUCGACUACUACAUGGGCCUCAUGAACACCAUCGGCCCCGGGGUACUGUCGGUCAUCUCCCUGCAGGUAUACAUAUGCACAAACACAGAGAAAAUAUGUACAUUGACCUUUGCCCUGUAAUGAUAAGAGUGUCUGCUAAAUGAUGUAAAUGUAAUGUGGUGACAGUAGUUUUCAGUGGUGAUUUUGUUACCAUCAACCUCUGCCCCUGUGGUAAGGUGUCUGUGGAUAUACAUUUUGUAACCUUGGCUUUGAGUUGAACCUUGACCCCUGUGACAUCACCUCCACAGAUGUCAGUGUUGGUGAGCCUGCGUUACCUGCAGACGGCUCUGGAGAGCAUGGACCCGGAGAACCCUGAAGCUGACAGUGAGGGCUACAUCCUGGCGAAGGGGGUUAAGGAGACCCUGAUGGAUGUCAAGACCACUGUGUUCAAACUGCUGCAGUUCGGACAGGUAGUGUACUACAGUACCCAUAAUGCUCUGUGAAACAUAUCAGGGGUGUGUUCAGGGACGUGGAACGCUCUAAACGUUUCAGAUAGAAAGAUAAUAAAUAGAGCUGACAAAAUGUCCCUAGUGGAUCUGACAGACCAAUCACACAGAUGUAGGAUCUUAAUUUGAGCCAGUUUGCUACAGCAGGAAAAUAAUCCUGCAGCAACAGGAAAUGUAAAUUAUUAUGUGGAUUAUAAUUAAUGUACAUUUUUGUAGGGGUUGAUACAUUUUUCGUUAGUGCAAAUCAAGUCUGAAAAUUCAAAGUGGAAAUUUUCAAACAAGGUUGCAUUUCCUGCUGUGCAGGAAAAUUCUCAGCAACAAAAGAGUGUUCAAAUUAAGAUCCUACAUCUGUACCUGUUCUUCACAAAACGUUAAUAUCUUAACAUUCUGUAACAAUACAUCCUCCUGAUCAGACCGCUGGUGUAGCAUGAUGUACUACAGUACCCACAAUGCUUUGUGUAAUGCAUUUGGCUGUAUCUCACUAAAGAUGUUCCAGAGAAGAUAACCUAAUGGUGUCCCGUCUCUUUAUCAAUACAGGUGGAAGCAGGUGAUGAGGCAGAAGCAGGGGCAGACGGCGAGAAGGCAGCCACGUCCAGCUAGAUGGAAAUAUAAUAUAUAACCAUGCUCUGCACAGACAAGACUUGACAAAAUCUAACAAUGCAGAUGUUCUUAAACCUUUUGUGUCCUGUUGCUCUUAAUGGACAAUAAAUCAAGCCUUG